AUGCUGACAUGCACAGCAGUGCCUCACGGAGGGUACACAGCUAGUAUCUUCUACCGAGCUGCCGCGGUCCAUUUCGCCAACAACUUCACUCAUCGCUUUUCGAACCCCCCCGCAGCCAAUAGCACUCCAAAUAACUUAUUUGCGCCGAACCACCAUUGGGCCAGCUAUUUUGAAAAUACAAAAUACGAAGAUCGGCUCGAGGACGGCGUUGCGCUGUCUGGCGCAAUCAGCAAGGAUAGCAAGCUUGAGGUCAAAGCUGCCGCAUAUAUCAACGCUAGUCCGCCAGACACAGAAGGUGGGCCCAGUUACAAUGGUACCUGGGAAUUGGGCCCUGCUCCAGUACCGGGAACCCGCUCUGAUGGGUCGGUUGAUCUCCUCGCACUAGCCAAGAACAAAAGAGAUAGUGCAUGGGUUAAAUUCCCACCACUUUCACCUGCGAUGGCUGCAAUGAGGAACCUGGAGGUCUAUGCACCAAAUUUGCUGAUGUCGGCAUCGUUAGAGACUCGUGCAAAGCAGGUGGUUGAUCAAUGGUUACGAUUCACCCCGGGCGGGAAGGUGGCACGUUGGUCUAAUGAGGCAGUUAUGUUCCUUGUGGAUAUAUUUCCAGCAGGCCUCGAUCGGUUGGCUGCAAUGGAAUCCCAUCGACUCUUAUCCGAGAAUGUACCGCAAAGGGAGGCUCCGGAAAAUGCUGCGGCCAAAGAUCGUUUCUGGUUUCCAACUGUCUCAUUGAAUAUUGAUUUGAAGACGAGACUCCCGAUAGAGGGAGUGGAAUGGCUCUACUCUCGCGUGGUGACUAGAAAAGUCCAGGGUAGUCGUGCGGAUCUUGAUGUUGUUGUCCUUGAUCAAAUGGGUGACUUGGUGGCGACUAGCACUCAGGUGGCACUAGUUGUUGACGCAUCCCGGAACAUCAAGGGAAGGGAUAGUGGUGGCAAGCUAUAA